AUGGAGCCAUGCGAAACUGGUAUCAAGGCGUUUGAAUAUUCCAGACUUCUCCAAAACACUCUCGGUCUUCGUUUUGAUAUUGGUGUAGAGGCUGUUGACCUGCUGCUCUACCAUGAUCUUGAAUCCAAGUGGCUUGCUGCUACGCGUGCUACCCGCAGGCAACAUGCUCUUGUUGGUUUAUCCGAGGCAGGGGCUAUAGCCAGAAACCUCAACGAAGCCAGGAGGUUUACGGGAGAUAUUCUUACUCUUGAAAAUCUCAGUAAAGAAGGUCAUACCCUUAUCGACUUGCUCAAAGCUAUCAUUCCCGACGAUAUUUCCGUCCUUCCUAAGACACCAUGCCAUUUCCCAAAUGCCGCCUGGGAUUCACUCCGUGAAGAGCGCCAGAAAAAUGGGACCGAGUUUGAAAAGUUAUGGCUUGCUGAGGCACAUAUGCUCCGGUCAAAACUCAUCUAUCACGUCGUGCAGUUGAGAAAUCUCGGCCAUUCUCCGCAUGCCCAGAUGGAUUCGGUCGAAAAGGAGCUAAAGAAGAAGCUUUACGGUGGGAAAGCGGCCAAGGAGAUGUGGAAAGACGACAAAGCUGCUUGGAAAGAUCGAACCAGCCGGCGCGCGAACUCAUGCACCAAUUGCCUCAAAAAAGAGGAAGAGGGCCAAAAGUUUCCUCACUGUUCCAAGUGUUGGACUGCGUUGAAGCGAGAUGUCCCUUACUGUUCGAGAGAAUGCCAGACUGCGGACUAUAAGAGCAGACACAAAGCGAUUUGUGGUAAAGAAAUGGGCCUCGAAGACGCCGUGGAAACGGCGUUGAAAGCACGCGGUCCACCCAAGCCAACAGUUACCCAGAUAGGACCCGCUGUCGAAGGCUUUAAACGCUCUCCAGCUCUUUUGCAUCAUAUUUUCAAGCUAAACCGGGACCCGAAAACCGAUCUAUACAUUCGGAUCAAGGAGGGAACAGACAGCGAGGACUGUUUCAUGCGAAUGGACACUCCUUUUCCUCCCAUACAGAACCUUAUUCGUGCUGCUCGUGAUAAGGCUAUGAUAACUGGCGAUCGCCAGAGCGCGGCGCUCGUGUGCCAUUUCACCGUAUGGUUCUUGCUUGCCAAAGGGCUUGAUAAAGAGCGUGGAUGGGAUUUCAAAGCUAUGAUUGAUGAAAUGACGAAAGAGUACGAGUUUCCAGACUUGAAAAAGGCGAUGCUGGAGUUGCAGGUGAGGCAGUUCCGAGAUCCUUUCAUGCGUCCGCCGCUAGUGCGGAGCCUGGCGCCGGCUGAUUGGAUAGGUUAUGUGCGCAUCAGUCCUGUGGACAUGACCCGAAGGAUUGAGUGA